UCUUACUAUCUUGCUUAGAGAAAUUGUUUUUGGUUGGAGUCAAAAUUAUCAAUUUAAAUAUGGACAAACUACACUUGACGAUUCAAAAUUCAGGAUACAAAAUUUAUCUGGUUUUUUCGUCAUCCCCCAAACAUGAGUACAUACUAAAUAGAGGUUGUAUUGUAACUACAGGGAAAUCUACGCAAGAUUCCGUGCUUCGUACAAGGAAAAAGAUGACGUUCAUACGAGACUUAUGCGAAGAUACGAGGACAUACCUUCUUGGUGGUUUUAUAUACUACUAGCAGUGACGCUUGCAGCUUCUCUAAUACUCUGCAUCUUCUUGAACGACCAAGUUCAGAUGCCAUGGUGGGGGCUCAUCUUUGCUAGUGUCAUUUCCUUCACGUUCACACUUCCGAUCAGCAUCAUUACAGCCACAACAAACCAGACACCAGGUUUAAAUAUUAUCACAGAGUAUGUUAUGGGUAUAAUAUACCCAGGAAGACCGAUUGCUAAUGUCUGCUUCAAGACCUACGGCUACAUGAGCAUGGCACAGGCUGUCUCUUUCCUCAGUGACUUCAAGCUAGGCCACUACAUGAAGAUUCCUCCGAGAUCUAUGUUUAUAGUUCAGUUCUUGGGAACAAUUAUUGCUGGCACCGUCAACAUUGCUGUGGCUUGGUGGCUGCUUACGUCUAUUACAAACAUAUGCCAAGACGAUCUGCUUCCACCAGACAGCCCGUGGACAUGCCCUGGAGAUAGAGUCUUCUUCGAUGCAUCAGUUAUAUGGGGUUUAGUGGGACCGAAAAGAAUUUUCGGAAGUCUUGGAAAUUAUAGUUCAAUGAAUUGGUUCUUUCUUGGAGGUGCAAUAGGGCCCGUCCUAGUUUGGUUCCUCCACAAGGCGUUUCCGAAACAAUCUUGGAUUCCCCUAAUAAACCUUCCUGUCCUUCUAGGAGCAACAGGUGCUAUGCCGCCAGCAACACCAUUAAAUUACAAUGCCUGGAUCAUCAUCGGAACAAUUUUCAACUUCUUUGUUUUCCGCUACCGCAAAAUCUGGUGGCAAAGGUACAACUACAUUCUUUCGGCAGCUCUAGAUGCCGGAGUAGCUUUCAUGGCGGUUGGGCUCUAUUUCACACUGGGCAUGGAGGAAAAAGGAAUAGAUUGGUGGGGUACUAGUGGAGAGCACUGCAAACUAGCAACUUGUCCAACUGCUAAAGGCAUACGAGUUGACGGCUGUCCCAUAUACUAAUGUAAUUGUACUUAGUAUUUUCCACUAUUUCUUUGGUAUCAGGGAUAACUAUAUGAACUCCAUAUGUAUGAAAAUCAUCAAUCUUAAGAUAUAUUCCAAAAAUUACAGGAAA